AUCCCCGUCCCGUCUCUGCCAUGACUCCUCAUCUGAUCACAGCCCAACAGCAGCGAGGCUUGAAAAGACUGCUUGGACUUUCAGUCGACUGAACGCACAAUCAAGACAGGACCAGCUCUGUUUUCGUGAAAAAAAAAGCACCGUGAAGUCAGGAAAAGAUGCAGGAGAAGCUGACCGAAACACAGACUCCCACUUCAUCGAGGGCGUCGUCGUUUUUCAUCGAGAACCUCCUGGGCAAGGAGCGGAACGGGCAGGACUCGCUGUCGGACAGCAGUAGAGGGGAGGCUGGUGUGGACACGGUGUCUUCUGGCAGAGUCGCGAACGCACAUCACUUCGACACGGUCGCCCCAACGCCCCAUGGCUCCAGCUCCACAGCUCGGUCUCCAUACAGGGACUCGCCGCUGCAGUGGUACCGCGGGGGGGCUGCCUUGAACUUCAGAGCUUUGGAAACAGCGCACACUCCAAGGGACAAUACAAACUCAGAGGAUCACUGCUGCUCCGUAACGACCAGCGACAGAGGUUCACCCGCCGUGUCCGAGCCGAUAACGGAGGGCAGCGACGAGACCGACCGGAAAACGGGGGACAGCAACCUGACGGAUGACAACGAGGACGUGCAGCACGCUUUUGACACGCGGCCGGAGCAAGACACGACAUCUGACCCGAGCUCCACCCGGAAGAAGAAGACCCGGACCGUGUUCAGCCGCAGUCAGGUGUUUCAACUGGAGUCAACUUUUGAUGUGAAGCGGUAUCUGAGCAGCUCGGAGAGAGCGGGGCUGGCAGCGUCUCUCCACCUGACAGAGACUCAGGUCAAAAUCUGGUUUCAGAACCGGAGGAACAAAUGGAAGAGGCAGCUGGCGGCGGAUCUAGAGGCUGCUCACAUCCCAAACUCGACCCAGCGGAUUGUCAGGGUCCCCAUCUUGUAUCACGAGGGACCCGCGCCCACCGCAGCGCUGGGUUUCAACCUGACAGGACAUCCAGUUUCUCCACCUGUUGCGGGCUUCUCCAGCUCCAUCAGCUACCCUCUGUCCUCGUUUGCUCACUCCAUGAGCAUGUUAAGAUCGCAGAUGACCGGCUUGGUGUAAAGACUGUUCAAGACUCAUGUAUCAAACUGUUUGUUGACUUCAGUUCACCCUGUGAGUACCGAAUCGUGCAAUAACCCACAACAUCCAAAGAGCUGCAAAGACCCUGAAUAUAACACAAAGUAAUGAAUCAUCCUGAUAUUUCUGUUCACAAGCCUCUUCAAGAGUCUCUGUCUCUUCCACUGUAUAGACUAUAAUAACAGUCAAGCGUGGGCAGGCCAGGGGCCGGGGGUGUCCAU